AUGUCCGGCGAGGAAGACUUCUACCUCUUCGAGAACAUCUCCAACGUGGGUCCCUGGGAUGGCCCCCAGUACCACAUCGCCCCAAUGUGGGCCUUCUACUUCCAGACGGCCUUCAUGGGCUUCGUCUUCUUCGCCGGGACGCCCCUCAACGCCAUCAUCCUGGUGGUCACCGUAAAGUACAAGAAGCUGCGCCAGCCGCUGAACUACAUCCUCGUCAACAUCUCCUUCGCCGGGUUCCUCUUCUGCGUCUUCUCCGUCUUCACCGUCUUCCUGGCCAGCUCACAGGGCUACUUCUUCUUCGGGAGGCACAUAUGCGCCCUGGAGGCCUUCCUGGGCUCGGUGGCAGGGCUGGUCACCGGCUGGUCCUUGGCCUUCCUUGCCUUCGAACGCUACAUCGUCAUCUGCAAGCCCUUCGGCAACUUCCGCUUCAACUCCAAGCACGCCCUUCUGGUGGUGGCAGCGACUUGGUUCAUCGGCAUCGGGGUCUCCAUACCACCCUUUUUUGGGUGGAGCAGGUUCAUUCCCGAGGGCCUACAGUGCUCCUGCGGCCCCGACUGGUACACGGUUGGCACCAAGUACAAGAGCGAAUACUACACCUGGUUCCUCUUCAUCUUCUGCUUCAUCGUGCCCCUGACCCUCAUCGUCUUCUCCUACUCGCAGCUCCUGGGCGCCCUCCGUGCCGUAGCCGCUCAGCAGCAGGAGUCGGCCACAACCCAGAAGGCCGAGCGGGAGGUGUCUCGGAUGGUGGUGGUGAUGGUGGGAUCGUUCUGCCUCUGCUACGUCCCGUACGCCGCGCUUGCCAUGUACAUGGUGAACAACCGGGACCACGGCCUGGACCUGAGAUUGGUCACCAUCCCCGCCUUCUUCUCCAAGUCCGCAUGUGUCUACAACCCCAUCAUUUACUGCUUCAUGAACAAGCAGUUCCGUGCUUGCAUCAUGGAGACCGUUUGUGGCAAACCCAUGACCGACGAAUCCGACGUGUCCAGCUCAGCCCAGAAGACAGAGGUGUCCUCGGUUUCUUCCAGCCAGGUCAGCCCCAGCUAAGGAGAGCGUGCCGUGGGGUCCCGAGAAGGAGAG